ACGUGGCAGAAACUAAGUAGCAACGUUGGCACUGCAGAGCAGAGGAAUUUGAUCGAUCCCUUCAUACAAACGAGCAAAAGAGCAAACCCUAACAUGGAGUCGCACGGCGGAGGCCCCCUUCGUUCCCGCAGUUCCCAGUCCCCUUCUCCUUCCCACUCCGCCUCAGCCUCCGCCACAUCGUCAAUCCACAAGCGCAAGCGUGCAUCCGAAGACCACGCGCCUCCCUUCCCGCCCUCCUCCUUCUCCGCUGACACUCGCGACGGCGCCCUCACCUCCAAUGACGACCUGGAGAGCAUUUCCGCCCGUGGUGCCGACUCCGAUUCAGACGACGACUCCGAGGACGCCGUCGUCGAUGAUGACGAAGAGGACUACGACAACGACUCCUCCAUGCGCACCUUCACCGCCUCCAGACUCGGUAACCCUCCCUCUGCUCCCCGUAAUACCAAGCUCAAGACUGAUAACUCAGCUGUAAAAAUUGAGAACUCCGACGGCGUAAAAGACGCCGCAAAUGCCGGAGCUGGUGCCAUGGAGAUUGGACCUGUCCCUAGCAUUGUGGUUAAGGAGGACCCGACUAAGAUUUUUACAGAUAAUUUGCAAACGAGUGGGGCUUAUACAGCUCGGGAAGAGAGUCUCAAGAAAGAGGAGGAAGCGGGAAGGCUUAAAUUCGUAUGCCAUUCAAACGAUGGUGUUGAUGAGCAUAUGGUUUGGUUGAUUGGAUUGAAGAAUAUAUUUGCUAGACAACUUCCCAAUAUGCCCAAGGAGUAUAUUGUUCGACUUGUCAUGGACAGGAGCCACAAGUCUGUAAUGGUCAUAAGGCGUAAUCACGUUGUUGGAGGUAUUACAUAUCGCCCAUAUGCUAGCCAGAAGUUUGGUGAAAUAGCCUUUUGUGCAAUUACAGCUGAUGAGCAAGUAAAGGGUUAUGGUACCAGAUUGAUGAAUCACUUAAAACAGUAUGCACGUGAUGUGGAUGGGCUGACACAUUUUCUCACAUAUGCUGACAACAAUGCUGUUGGCUAUUUUAUCAAACAGGGAUUUACAAAAGAGAUUCACUUGGAGAAAGAUCGAUGGCAAGGUUAUAUAAAGGAUUAUGAUGGAGGAAUUCUGAUGGAAUGCAAGAUAGAUCCAAAGCUCCCUUACACUGAUUUGUCAACUAUGAUCCGUCGUCAAAGGCAGGCUAUUGAUGAAAAAAUCAGAGAGCUGUCAAACUGUCACAUAGUCUAUACUGGAAUUGAUUUUCAGAAGAAAGAAGCGGGCAUUCCUAAAAAAAUUAUUGAUGACAUCCCCGGUUUGAGAGAGGCUGGAUGGACUCCUGAUCAGUGGGGUCAUUCUCGAUUCAGAAGUCUAAAUGUCUCUACUGACAAUACUACUAAUCAAAAGCAUUUGUCUGGUUUUAUGCGAUCACUUCUAAAGUCUAUGCUUGAACACGCCGACGCAUGGCCAUUCAAGGAGCCUGUUGAUGCACGGGAUGUUCCUGAUUAUUAUGACAUCAUCAAAGAUCCAAUGGAUUUGAAGACAAUGUCUAAAAGGGUGGAGUCAGAGCUAUAUUAUGUAACAUUUGAGAUGUUUGUUGCCGAUGUCAGAAGAAUGUUUGCAAAUGCGCGCACCUAUAAUUCUCCAGAAACCAUUUAUUACAAAUGUGCUACAAGGUUAGAAUCCCACUUUCAAAGCAAAGUACAAGCGGGUCUUCAGUCUGGCUCAAAAAUUCAGUAGGCAUUUCAAUGGAGACUGUUGGGCUCUUCAAUAAACUCCAUCCGAAGUAUUUUGUUUAUGACUAAGGUUAAUUUUUCUCACAGUCCCAACAAAUUUGUUGUUUCAUAGUUAUUCUAGCCAAUGUUGUAACUGUUAGAAAAAUAGAUUCUGGUACCUGAUCCGAAUGUUCUGAUGUAAAUAUUCUUAGUAUCUAAAAUUUUUAUUUAAUUCAUAGCAAUAUGUUUGUAUUAUUACAAUGCAUCAACAUUUGACACGAUGCAAGUUUGUUUUUCUAGUUA